CUGAGCGUCAGCGCUGCAGGCGGUGCGCUGCUCUUCAUUGUUCCCGCAGACGCUUUCCCACAUUUGUUCCAUGGCUUCUACACGAAAACUACGUCUCAGCUGUGAGGGAGAGGUUUAUCUGCGAAGGGAAGGACAAAAGUGAAACUGAGCCUCGGCACUUUGAGGAAUAUUACCGUCCGUGUUUGGAAAUACAAGCUCCUACUGACCGACCGUCUGUCUGUGGAUCCAGAGAUAUCAAGCGGGGACAUAAGCCGAGGUCCCAGAAGGUAGAGAGGUCCAUACUUCAGCCUCAAUUACAAUGGUCGAACCUGCCGACAGUCCCUCUGCUGCAGCAGGCCAGAGGUUGGGUGCUCCCGAAAGUUUUGGGGUGUCCACCUUGGAGCCAGGUUUGCGCCCUCCUGCCCAGCCUCCAGGGCGACAAGUCUCCAUCAGGGUACAGAUGCUUGAUGAUACACAAGAAGUCUUCCAAGUUUCACCGCGAUCCCCGGGCAAAGUGCUGUUUGACCUGGUUUGCGUCCAUCUCAACCUGGUAGAGGGUGACUACUUUGGACUAGAGUACCAGGACCAGCGCAAAAUGACAGUCUGGCUGGAUUUGCUGAAGCCGACUUUAAAGCAGAUCAGACGGCCUAAAAACACCAUCCUUCGUUUUGUGGUGAAGUUCUUCCCUCCUGACCACACACAGCUCAUGGAGGAACUGACUCGGUAUCUGUUUGCCCUUCAGAUUAAACACGACCUGGCCUGUGGGCAUCUCAUCUGUAACGACACAAGCGCUGCUCUUAUGGUUUCCCACAUUAUUCAAUCGGAGAUCGGUGACUUUGAUGAAACCCAGAGCUGGCAGCAUCUCCUCCAUAAUAAAUACCUACCGGACCAAGAUGCCAUCAGGGACAAGAUCAUUGAUUGUCACCGUAAACAUGUUGGGCAUACACCAGCAGAGUCUGACUACCAGCUGCUGGAAAUCGCCCGGCGGUUGGAGAUGUACGGUGUUCGUCUACACCCAGCCAAGGACAGAGAGGGGACUAAACUCAGCCUGGCUGUGGCACACACUGGGGUGCUGGUUUUUCAGGGCUACACAAAAAUCAAUGCCUUCAACUGGUCCAAGAUUCGUAAACUUAGCUUCAAACGCAAAAGAUUUCUAAUCAAGCUGAGAGCAGAUCCCACUCAGAACACCCACCACGACAUGCUGGAGUUUGCUAUGGCCAGCAGGGACUGUUGUAAGGUCUUCUGGAAGAUCUGUGUAGAAUACCACGCCUUCUUCAGACUCUUUGAGGAGCCAAAGCCCAAACCCAAGCCCAUCCUCUUCACCAGAGGUUCCUCAUUUCGAUUCAGCGGUCGAACCCAGAAGCAGAUCAUCGAUUAUGUGAAAGACUCUGAAUUUAAGAAGAUCCCAUUUGAAAGGAAACACAGCAAGAUUCUGUCCAUUAGCAGCAUGUCUCCUCAGUCUUCUUCCUUCCAAUCACAAGUGCCAAAGGAGAGUGCCAUGUCUGUCUUAACGGCAGACAAGCCUGACUCAGCCAAACUGAACCAUCCAGUGGACCCUAAUGGUUCUGAAGCACUGCCAGUGGCCAUAUCCCCUUCCAAUGGUUUCCACGAUAGAAUUGCAUCACCUGGUACAGAUCCAGCUCAGUCCAGACAGACUCGCCAUGGUACUGGAUCAGAACCAGACCAGCAUCUCCUCAAUCCAGGAGGUCCAGCUUUGGAGGAUUCCCCUUUAGGAAGUCCUCUGUUAAUAGUUAAUGGCAGCGGCUCUCUUAACGGGCUGGAGACGGGCAGCGCUGGUAUGCCGGGUACAAGUCCUGAUGGACGGCAGCUCUCGCCCUUGACCAGCCCGCUGCUCGCCGACGCAGGUUAUUUACGCAAUGAUGAAGAUGAUGAGGCGAGGAGAAAGAAGUUUCCCACAGACAAAGCUUACUUUAUCGCCAAGGAACUGUUGACUACGGAGCGGACCUACCUCAAAGACUUGCAGGUCAUUGCAGAGUCGUUUCAGAGUUUUGUUGGAAAAGGCGAGGACUUUCCAGACUCAGUCAAGAGCCUGAUCUCUGCCAACUACGAUCCAGUCUACAAGUUCCACCAGGCUUUUCUGAGGGAGGUGGACCAGAGACUGGCACAGUGGGAGGGUCGUUCCAACGCUCAUAUCAAAGGAGACUAUCAACGAAUUGGUGACAUUCUCUUAAAGAACAUUCAGGGUUUGAGGCAGUUAACUGUGCAUCUGCAGAAACAUUCAGAAUGUCUGGUGGAACUGGAACAAGCGUGCAGGUCCAGUCGGAAGGUGGAUGCUCUGUGUCGGGACUUUGAGCAGCAGAAGGUUUGCUACUUGCCGUUCAACAUCUUCCUCCUUAGGCCCUUGCACCGCCUGCUGCACUACAAACUUAUCCUGGAGCGAUUCUGCAAACACUACCCGCCCACUCACGAUGACUUCCGAGACUGCAGAGCGGCCCUGGCGGAUGUCUCAGAAGUGGUGCUGCAGCUCCACGGUUCCAUGAUGAAGAUGGAGAACUUCCAGAAGCUUGUGGAGCUGAAAAAAGAUCUGACCGGCAUCGACAACCUGGUCAUUCCCGGAAGGGAAUUUAUCCGUCUCGGUUGCCUCAGCAAACUGUCAGGGAAAGGCCUUCAGCAGAGAAUGUUUUUCCUGUUCAGUGAUUCUUUGGUGUACACCAGUCGAGGGAUGACUGCAUUGAACCAGUUCAAGGUUCAUGGCCAACUGCCCCUCUAUGGCAUGACGAUCAGAGAGAGUGAGGAGGAGUGGGGAGUCCCUCAUUGCUUCACCUUGUUUGGACAACGCCAGACUUUGGUCGUAGCAGCCAGCUGUCCUUCAGAGAUGGAGCGUUGGGUGGAGGACAUCAGGAUGGCCAUUGAUUUGGCUGAGCAGAGCAGCAGUUCUCACACUGACUUGCUCUCCACCAACCUCUCUGACAACAAAUUAUCAGAGGAUGGUGCCAUUGAGCAAGAGUCCGAAGAGGAGCUUUGCGGCUCACGCUCAUCAUUGGAGCGUCAAGGUCACCGUGGUAACACCACCGUGCAUGUGUGCUGGCAUCGCAACACCAGUGUGUCCAUGGUGGACUUUAGCAUUGCAGUGGAGAAUCAGCUGUCAGGAAACCUGCUGAGGAAGUUUAAGAACAGUAACGGCUGGCAGAAACUCUGGGUCGUCUUCACCAACUUCAACCUCUUCUUCUACAAAUCCCACCAGGACGACUACCCUCUGGCCAGUUUGCCUCUGCUGGGCUACUCUGUCACAGUCCCAUCUGAGUCGGAAAACAUCCACAAAGAUUAUGUCUUCAAGCUCCACUUUAAGUCGCAUGUCUACUACUUCAGAUCAGAGAGCGAGUACACAUUUGAAAGGUGGAUGGAGGUGAUCCGCAGCGCCACCUGCUCUUCCAGUCGUUCACUGUCGAGCAGCAGGAAGGAUCUUUAUUGAAAGCUCUGUCUCCGUCAGCUCCAGUCCUCACCGUGCACAAACGCCAGGAGAGAUGGAAUCGUCCUGCACACAGCAGGCACUCACAUCUACACAAGCUGACCUUUGGCACGCACCAGUCUGAGGUCACACAGGAGCUGCAGUACUUUUGGAUUUGAGGCAGUCUGUUAUAAUGCAACUUAAUAUUUUUUUUCUAAACCACACACCUUUACUGACAGUUUUUCCCUUCCAGACUGUUUCUGACCUUGUUUGUGCCAGCGAUGUUCGCAUGUGCACAGCCACAUACGUAGCUUUAAUACGGAGGAUAAAAUCCAGGCCGGCAUCAUGUCCUGUUUACAGGAAUGUGGUGACAGUUGCAAACAUGAAAAUGGAAACAUGGAAGUAUUUUUGGUACCGAAGCGUGUUUGUGCACCAUGUGCAAUUCCAGUUUGUGUUGUGUGGAUGAUUUGGAGGUUCCGAACUUAACCUUUCUGUGGAAUUGAAGCAGUUUGGGAAUCUCUGUCUGAAAAGUAUUCGGCCCCUUAAGAUGAUCAGAUUUGUCUGAAUUCUAAGCAGUGAAGCUUUUUUGUUAUUGUACACUGAAGUCAAAAUGUUUUUUUUUUUUUUCCUUUUGCACAAAAUAAAACCUGAAAUUUGUUC